GGAAGUGGUUUCUUGGAAGAGCUGUCAUUGUUUACAUUUCUGUUUGUUUUUAUUUAUUUGUCAAAAAUGGCAAACAUUAGUUAUAUUUUAGUUUUGUUAGUAGCCCUGUUUUGUUUAGCUUUGUCUGCAACUGUUCCACCAACAACUGACUAUGAUACAACCACCACAAAUGUUCCACCGACUACCACCCCUGUGAUGACAACCAGCAUACCAUCUGAACCAACUACUACCCUUACACCUGAACAAGAAUGUGGGAGACAUAAUGGUUCUUGUGAAGAUUGUGUAAAAGCUGCUGGGGCUCGGUGCCUGUACUGUAACAGAGAUGAUAAAUGUAAACCCUAUCCUAUUAAGAAAAUUUUACCUGGUGAUGAUGAUUGUCCACUAGCAGAAGCUAGAUGGUCUGUCUGCUGGUUAAAUUUUGAAGGUAUGUUAAUUGGAGUAGGAGUGGUAGGUGGUAUCAUACUUUUAACAAUAACUUGUUGCUGUGUAUACUGCUGUUGUUGUAGGGGUGGAAAUGAUAAAAAAUGGGCUCGCGAGGAUGCUAAGUGGGAAAGACAGAAGAAGGAGCGAAAGGAAAAAUCUGAUGAAAGAAAAUUAGAGAGAAAAGACAGAUUGGAUGAGAUCAGACGUAAAUAUGGUCUAGUGAAGGACGACAACGCCUACGAGAGGUUUGAUGCUUAAACUUACAUAAACACCAAAAUAAAUCAAACAAUCAAACUUACUUGUUAUGUUAAUCUGUGUAAAAAUAUAUGGGUCAUACAGAAGCAUAAGAUAGGUGGAUUUCAUAUCUGAAUGUAGUUAUCAGUUACUUUCAGAUAAUAUUCAAAUAAUCAUGAUUCGUUUCAAAACCUUAAUUCUUUUACUUACAUAAUAACUUUAUUUUUGUGUGUAUGUACUAUAAACAUGAAAAUUUAGACACAGCUAUAGGCCUCAGUUAUGCAAAUGAGUUGACUAGAAAUAGUUCUUAUGCUUCUUUUUAACUUUGAAUAGACAAACAGAAUGAUAAGGUCAUAAGACAAAACAAUAUAAUUUCAGUUAAGUUUAAUUGCAUGGCAUAUAAUAUUUUAAUCUAAAUUUCAAUAAUUUUGCUCAUGAAGUUUGAAACGUUCAUUUUUCAGCCAAGAAUUGAUGCAGGCUGUACAUUAGAAUAUUUUGAAAAAAGAAUAAAAACUUAACUGGAUCUCAAAACAAGUAUUUAAAUUUUGAUGGCUACAAAAUUUGUUUAUUUGUUUCUUAUGCCAAAAAUAGGAAUUUGAAAACUAAAUUUCUGCAUUAACUUAUUAAGGAAUGACCUAUAAAACUGGAAAUUUUCUCAUUUUCCAAUUAGCUGCUGUUAUAUGUUUGUCUUAAAUUGUACAAAAUGAUAAUUGAAUUUUGAUAAAAUUGUAUAAUACUUAAAAUUCUUAUAAAUAGAACUAUUAUCAUCUCUCUCACUUACCUGAGUUGACUUUGAUCAAAUUUACAAUAUAUAAUCUAUACUUGUAACAAAUCAAUACUUGUCACAGCAGGGCUGUUGAUUUAUUUUUUGUCAACUGGACAUUUGUCAAUGACCUCAGAAAUCUGAUCUCAUUCUCUCCUUACCUUGAGAGAAGGUCUUUUUAUUAUACUGGUAUUGACAUGAUGUUUGGCAAAAAUGAAUUCAACUGUGUGAUUUUACCAACAGUUCAACAGUAAUUAAAAGAAAAUUCAAGUAUUCCAGGCUUAAACUAAGUGCUAGUCAAGAAUUUAAAGGUAUCAAAUUAUCAGAAGUUCUGUAACUGAUUUCAAAGGUUGAUUGGCCUUGACUAAUUCUUCUAAUUUAAAACAGAAUAAAUGCUUUAGUUAUAUUUCAGGAAGUCUUGUCUGUUAAUUAAUGUCAAAAUUGGUAUAAUCCAUAUGAUAUGGCAUGAUAAUAUAUAUAUGCAUUGAGUCUUGAAGCCAUUUAUAUUUUAUCGUGUGUGUGUGCCUUAAGCAUUCUCAUCAAUUAUUCUUGCAUAUUUCUAUUUUUAGUAGAGAAAUGAAAUAACAAUGGUAUAAUUUGGUGCUUAAUAAAAAUCAUAUAUUUUCUGGUAAACUUUUGUUAUCCACCCAAAACUUGCUUGCUGUCAAUUUGAAAAAGAUAUCUGAAAGUAAAGAAUUUGUCUCAACUAACCCCAAUCUAGGAAUGAUAUAUAUGAAACUACAAUUUCAGCCUGUCCUGAAGAUCUUAUAGAAUGACAGGACCAGGCGUCAAAGAUUUUUGUAUCUUGUAUUAAGAGAAAUGUUUACUAUAACAAAAAUGACAGCCAUUAGUUUUAACCUAUUCUAUUUUCUUACAAAGUAAGAUUUUUCAGAGACAAAAGAACUAAAUUCUUUACUUUCAGAGAGUUAUUGCACUAAUAUUAUAAUAUAAAAAUAUAUAAAAUUCCUUGGACCUACACAUUUUCAUUUUUUAAUUCAUAUUAUAUUAAUAUCACUUUGUAAAUAUUAUGAAAUGUAUUUUUGCUGUUAAUGAUAAAAAAGAAUAUUUUGUUGCAUGUUAGUGUAUAAUAUUUUUGUCUCGUGCCUUUAUAAUUGUAAAUUAAUCUAUUUUUUAUGUCAAAUAGUGAUUCUUAAUGUAUAUUUUUAAAUCAGUGCUUCAAGAGGUAUUGCAAUAUAAAAGAUAUUCAGGAACGGUCAAUACCAAUGCUGUCUGUUUAUCGGUCUUACCUCUUUUGAUAGGCUAAGUACUACAUAACGUGGCAUAUAAGCAGCACAAGUUAUAGGUCAAUAAGACAAUUAUUAUGGAUAGAUACUUCUAGAAUAUUUAUUACUUUCAACGUUUCAAUGUUUCUCAUAGUCGUCAGAAAUAUAAUGAAGGACAGUGUAAAAACAAUAAUUGUCUUAUUGAUCUUUCAACAACUAGUAAUAUUCUGUCCCCUUAUGUAUAACAUCCGACAGUCAAACCUUGAGUCAUGUUCUUACCUUCACUUGUCCUGCAGCUCUAUUUGUCAGUAUGCAUGCUUAAACACAACCUAACUGCAUAUUUAUCAUGCAAAAUUUUUAUUAUAAACUAACACAUCAAAAGAUUUUAAAGGUGGCUAAAGAGCAAUUGGAGAUGAAACACAAAAAAUUGUUAAACUCAUUAAAGAAGGCAAUAAUUUACCAAAAAUCCAGCAUACCAGGGUUUGACUAUGCAAAAUGUUAUAUUAUAUGAUAUUGCAAACUGCUCAAACUGUGUAAUUAUCUAAUAAUUUAUAGUAUUUAUUAAACUACAUUCCUACUUUACGGUGGCCCUUUUGCAGUUGUCCAUGUUUUAAGCUGGAAUAAAGAAUGUGGCCUUGCAAUCUUUGAUAUAUUGGAUAAUGUCUUUCUGUUGCAGUCAAUUUUGUCAUCUGGCUGCCUCUGGUUCAUGAUUACUGCCAACGAGUUGAACACUGGACUGUUUGAAACCUUACCAUUACAGCAUACAAAAUAAUUGAAUUUUUUAACUUUGUGAUUUUUCUUGAUUGUACAAUGAGUGUAUGUCCAUGUGAUUUUGAUGUCAAAUAAUUAUUUUAUAUUUGAAACACCAAUCUAAGUAAGAGCUUACAUAAAAUAAAUAUAUUAUUUAAUU